UUGCCGUAGUGUUGACACUGAAUCACGUCAUGGUGGCACUGGGCGCUAAACAUGUAUAUUUUACACACAAAACGACUUGAAUUUAUUUGCAGAACGUAUUCACCACUCGCAACCGUCUUAUCCACAAUCAACCGACCCAAACAUCCAUCAACAGUCUUUAAGGACAACCAAAUAGAGAGAUCGCGUGAAUGUGCUGCAGCUGUCAGCGGAUCUCACGUGUGAUCUUUGACUUUAAUCAUGUCUGAAGAAGAACUUCGGCCGGUUCCGAAAGAGCGAGCAGUUCUGGAGAGUUUCUUCACCCAGCUCGGGACUUUCUGGUUUGACAGGGCGAAGGAUUAUGUGGAGAAAGAGAAGGACGCCAGUAAGAGCGCCGGGGCCAUAUGGGCGUCAUUACUGGCGGCUCUCGCUCACCUGGCGGCCGCGGAGAAAGCUUACCACAACAUGACGUUUCUCGGGCAGAAGAUCGGUGGCCAGUCGUUCUUCAGCCGGAAGGAUUCCUUCAGGUCGAUUUAUACGUCUUUGCACAAUGAACUGAAGAAGGUGGUCUCCAUGGGUCGCCACACCCCAGGGGGCUCCACUCUUAACCUGGAGGAUUUGCUGUCGCAUUUAUCCGAGCAGCUGUGUCAUUUCACGCAGGCCAGGAUGGAGAUCGCAGACUUCUAUGAGAAGUUGCAUUCGUUGGGCAGCCAGAAGACCAUCAACUCUGAGGAGCUUGUGAGCACCCUGGAGACCAUUUUGCAGAAGUACAGUUCCAGAUUCCACCAUCCCAUCCUGAGCCGUCUAGAAAGCAGCUUUCAAGUUGAAGUGGAUGUUCUGACGCAGCUGUUGCGAUGCCAGGCGCAAAUCUCAGAGUGGCAUUUCCUGCCGUCUCUUUUGAACCUCCACGGCGCCCAUUCCAAACUGCAGACCUGGGGUCAGGUGUUCGAACGCCAACGCGAGACCAGGAAACACCUGUUCGGCGGUCAAUCCCAGAAGACCGUGCAGCCCCCGCAUCUCUACUUGUGGCUGCAGCGGCUGCAGGCGGCACUCCUGGGCAAGUUCAGCUUUUACUUCCACGAGGCGCUCAGCCGGCAGACGUCCCAGUCUGAAAUGAAAGCCAUGACGGCGCGCACCUUCCCCGAUUACUUCGGCAAGAUAUCCGGCUUUAUCCGCAAACACGACGCUUUCAAUGUCUCCUUGAUUUUUGAUAAUCAAGGAUCAGAAAGCUUUCAGGGACACGGCUACCACCAUCCGCAUUCAUACCGCGAAGCCCCCAAAGGCGUGGACCAGUUCCCAGCCGUGGUGUCACUUCCUGGAGGAGAGAGGCCGGUUACGCACUGGCCUAAUGUUAUCAUGAUCAUGAGUGACCGCUCAACGGACCUCAACACUCUGGAUAAGGUGGUCCAUUUCUAUGAUGAUAAAGUCCAAAGUACCUACUUUCUUUCGCGACCUGAGCCCCACUUCACUAUAGUGGUGAUCUUCGAUGGAAAGAAAUCAGAGAGAGACUCGAACAUUGUGGCAUUCCUGCAAGAGCUAACAGGAUCGCUAAGAAACUCCAAACCCUUCACAACACUUAAACCAGGCUCCAAAGGCUGAACUGUCGCUCACGCUUUCAGUCGUUUUAAGAAACCGCUUGUUUCAGUGGAUCACUCUUUGUGGACAUAUUAAAGAGAUCCAAAAGCAUCACGAGACGAACCGUUUCAGACCAAAGACAAAUAUCAGCUGUUAUUUUCAAUAUGUGCUCUUCUGAUGGUUAAAAUAUUUUUUCUGUCCGCAGUUGUGCUUAAAGGGACCUGUUGGCAAGAAUGUUCUCUUUUUAUUGAUAGUUUACCAUGUGCAACAUUUUAAUUGCUUUUAUUUUAUCAAUUUCUCCAACUACUGUGAAGUUCACGUGCUUGCUAAAUAAAGUUUUCAAUUCUUUAAUGUUUUAUAAUUGCAUUGCAUUACAAUUUGUAGACAAACAAUCUUUUUUCAAAUAAAACAUUUUUACCUCCA